AUGGCGUUCCAGACCAACUUGGACUCCUUCCAUCUUCCGCCGGAUACGACCAUGUCAGAUCCCUCGCUGCUCGCCGACACCGAUAUGAGUUUAUAUCCCGGUGCUCUGUCUCUAGAUAUGUCAUCCAUGACAUCCACGACUUUCGAUAAUAUGGGCCCGGUACCUCCUGCAUUGCUAAAAGAGAACUCAAAUCAGACCGAUUCUUCCGGUGCAAUCGCUGCCAAUGGUGUGGGAGCUGGACCUCUCCCCCCUGAUUUCGGCCGACUAGCCCAAGGCUUCAGCAGCAAUUUGACUGAAUUUACCAAGCGGCGCAAUUGGUCCCAACGGGUUCUCGAGGAGCUCAAGGAUCUGCUCUACAUCCUUACCCCUGAUGGUCGGCUGGUUUACAUAUCCCCCUCAGCAAAACCAUUAACUGGAUAUGACCCCCAAGAUCUCUUGGGCAAGUCGAUGCCUGACUUUGUCCAUCCUGACGACCAGGGAUUGUUUAUUCGCGAGUUCAAUGAAAGUAUCGCUACCGGGAACACGUUGCGGUUCUUCCACCGCCUUCGCACAGCAGAUGACAAGUACAAGAUAUUCGAGUGUCAUGGACAUCCGCACUUGACACAAGAGACCUCAGCCCUCGAGUUGUCCGGUACAUCUGUUGUGUCCCCAGGAAUCUGUAGGGGAUUCUUUAUGAUGGCACGACCUUAUCCGAGCCGCAACUCGGAACUUCUCGAUUCUUUUCUCGAACAUAAGAUUGAAAACAUCCGGCUGCAGGCGAGGAUAGCUGCCUUGAGGAAAGAAGAGGCCGAGGAGACGGAUGGUCAUGCUGAUCAGUAUCACAAACCUGCGGGAGCUUCCAGUUCCAGAACACGCUCCAACUCAGGAGCCGAGAUAACACCCACGUCGCCUUCGGUACAUUCAAACACCGACUACUCCGGCAUGCCACCGCCCGCAAGGCCCACCGUGUCCAACAUUGCUCUCACGCGCGAAGCCCUGGACGAAGCCAACGCGUUCGCGAAACCAGACAGCAUCCGAGACAAGAUGGCGCGAUACGAGGGCUCUUCGCACGUCGACUCAAUUGAGAUGUUGACAGGUCUCCGAUACCGCGAGGGCGAGCGGUCACACGGCAUAUCGACCGGCGGGACGUCUCCGGCACUGAUCCGUGGUGAUGCCGGCAUUCAAAUCCCCAUGGACAAGGCCGAAUCACGGCACUCAUAUUCCGACAAGAAGCACAAGAAAGUCAAAAGUGCAGACGAGUACGUCUGUACGGACUGCGGUACGCUCGACAGUCCGGAAUGGAGGAAAGGUCCCAAUGGGCCCAAGACGUUGUGCAAUGCCUGUGGCCUGCGAUGGGCAAAGAAAGAAAAGAAGAAGUCCGGUCCCAUUGGUCCCGACGCUGCGAAUUUCGAGUCUAGCAAGGAUACUGUGAAUGGUACCGAGGCCAAAGAUUCCAGAGAUUCGAAAGAUUCACAACAAAACGGCAACGACUAG